UGGACCAUGACGUCAAGGUGGGCGGGCAGCGGCAGGUGCGGGGCUGACAGACAGCCUCCUUUAAGGCGGAGGGAUCUGGGGGCGGGCAGCGAAGGUGUGCUUCGCCUUAUAUAAGGCGACUGGGGUCUCACAGCCGUUCUCUUGAGUCACCCCCCGUGCAGUCCUGUUCUGGCGUGAGAGCCGGAGGCAGUCCUUCCCUGCUCAGCUUUGUGGUGUUUGUGAUCCUUAUCCUUUAAGAUGCCUGAGGAAGUGCACCAUGGCGAGGAGGAAGUGGAGACUUUUGCCUUCCAGGCAGAAAUCGCCCAGCUCAUGUCUCUCAUCAUCAAUACCUUUUAUUCCAACAAGGAGAUUUUUCUUCGGGAGUUGAUCAGUAAUGCUUCUGAUGCCUUGGACAAGAUUCGCUAUGAGAGCCUGACAGACCCUUCCAAAUUGGACAGUGGUAAAGAGCUGAAAAUUGACAUCAUCCCCAACCCCCAGGAGCGCACCCUGACUCUGGUAGACACAGGCAUUGGCAUGACCAAAGCUGAUCUCAUAAAUAAUUUGGGAACCAUUGCCAAGUCUGGUACUAAAGCAUUUAUGGAGGCUCUUCAGGCUGGUGCAGACAUCUCCAUGAUUGGACAGUUCGGUGUUGGCUUCUAUUCUGCCUACCUGGUGGCAGAGAAAGUGGUUGUGAUCACAAAGCACAAUGAUGAUGAACAGUAUGCCUGGGAGUCUUCUGCUGGGGGCUCCUUCACAGUUCGUGCUGACCAUGGUGAGCCCAUUGGCCGAGGUACCAAGGUCAUUCUGCAUCUUAAGGAGGACCAGACAGAAUACUUAGAAGAGAGACGGGUGAAAGAGGUGGUAAAGAAGCACUCACAGUUCAUAGGUUAUCCCAUCACACUUUAUCUGGAGAAGGAACGUGAGAAAGAAAUCAGUGAUGAUGAGGCAGAGGAAGAGAAAGGUGAUAAAGAGGAGGAAGAUAAAGAUGAUGAGGAGAAGCCCAAGAUUGAAGAUGUGGGCUCAGAUGAGGAGGAUGAUAGUGGCAAAGAUAAGAAAAAGAAGACAAAAAAGAUCAAGGAGAAGUAUAUUGAUCAGGAAGAAUUGAACAAGACCAAGCCCAUCUGGACCAGGAACCCUGAUGACAUCACCCAGGAGGAAUAUGGAGAGUUCUACAAAAGCCUGACCAAUGACUGGGAAGAUCACCUGGCAGUCAAGCACUUCUCUGUAGAAGGUCAGUUGGAAUUCAGAGCAUUGCUGUUCAUCCCCCGUCGGGCUCCUUUUGACCUCUUUGAGAACAAAAAGAAAAAGAACAACAUCAAACUUUACGUGCGCCGUGUGUUCAUCAUGGACAGCUGCGAUGAGCUGAUACCAGAGUACCUCAACUUCAUCCGCGGUGUGGUUGACUCUGAAGACCUUCCCCUGAACAUCUCCCGAGAAAUGCUCCAGCAGAGCAAGAUUUUGAAGGUCAUUCGUAAAAACAUUGUUAAGAAGUGCCUGGAGCUCUUCUCUGAGCUGGCAGAAGACAAGGAGAACUACAAGAAAUUCUACGAGGCUUUCUCAAAAAAUCUAAAGCUUGGAAUCCAUGAGGACUCCACUAAUCGGCGGCGCCUUUCCGAGCUGCUGCGCUACCAUACCUCCCAGUCUGGCGAUGAGAUGACUUCUCUCUCAGAGUACGUCUCACGCAUGAAGGAGACCCAGAAGUCCAUCUACUAUAUCACUGGUGAGAGCAAGGAGCAGGUUGCCAACUCUGCGUUUGUGGAGCGUGUGCGGAAGCGGGGUUUCGAGGUGGUGUACAUGACAGAGCCCAUCGACGAGUACUGUGUGCAGCAGCUCAAGGAGUUUGAUGGGAAGAGCCUGGUCUCAGUUACCAAGGAGGGCCUGGAGCUGCCUGAGGAUGAGGAGGAGAAGAAAAAGAUGGAGGAGAGCAAGGCCAAGUUUGAGAACCUCUGCAAACUCAUGAAAGAGAUCUUGGAUAAGAAAGUAGAGAAGGUGACCAUCUCCAACAGGCUCGUGUCUUCACCCUGUUGCAUUGUGACCAGCACCUAUGGCUGGACAGCCAACAUGGAGCGCAUCAUGAAAGCUCAGGCACUUCGGGACAACUCAACCAUGGGCUACAUGAUGGCCAAAAAGCACCUGGAGAUCAACCCUGACCACCCCAUUGUGGAGACGCUGCGACAGAAGGCAGAGGCAGACAAGAACGACAAGGCUGUCAAGGACCUAGUGGUGCUGCUGUUUGAAACGGCACUGCUAUCUUCUGGCUUCUCGCUGGAAGAUCCCCAGACCCAUUCCAACCGCAUCUACCGCAUGAUCAAGCUUGGCCUGGGCAUUGAUGAGGACGAAGUGACAGCAGAGGAGCCCAGUGCUGCUGUUCCUGAUGAGAUCCCCCCACUCGAGGGUGAUGAGGAUGCAUCUCGCAUGGAAGAAGUAGAUUAGGAGUUGCUACCUGCAAACUUUGUUCCCUCUGUAUAGUGUCCCCAUUGGCUCCCCUGGCAGCAGCCCCCAGUGGCCCUAGCCCACCUGGUCUCCUCUGCUGAUGUCUAGUGGUUUUAUUUGUUUUUCUGUCUAAGGCAGGCUACAGGGGCCGCAAGCCCUAAUAACCCUUCCCACAUUUGACAUUGGGUCUGGGUGUCGUGUACUGUGCUCGUUUAUUUUGUUCUGAGAUUAAAGUAUGCAAAAUAAAGAAGAUGCAGUUUUAUACA